CACACGCGCAUUGUAUCAACUAUCUACAACACAAAACCAACUCAACACCUAUACCCUAAUCUUUUCCCCCAGCAUUCGCCAUGGACUUCUGCCUUCGGAACAAGUUCCAAUCUGGAGUUCUCCUCGCUGGACGAUACCAAACGAUCUCCCCCCUCAACCAUGGAUCCUUUGGCAUGGUCUUCAUGGCUCGCGACCUUAAGACUGGUCAGAAGGUUGCCAUCAAGUGCCUGACAAAGAAGGGAGCUGCAAGCGAAGCCGGCUUCGACUUUGCGGUUGACGAGAAGUCUGAGGAGCUGGUUCUUCAUCGACGUCUUGGAGCCCACCCCAACAUUGUCAACUUCAUCGACACCUUCGAGACCGAAGCCCAUACAUACAUCGUCCUGGAGUACUGCGAGCGAGGCGAUCUCUACGAAGCGAUUCGUCUGGACCAGGGUCCUUUGGAAACCGAGCAUGUGAGGCGAUUCAUGCUGGAGCUUGUCGACGCUGUUGCCCACAUCCACGCCAAGGGCAUCUACCACCGCGACAUCAAGCCCGAGAACAUCUUCCUCACCCAAACAGGCUCCGCCAAGUUGGGCGACUUCGGGCUUGCCACCACCGAGAAGUGGUCGUAUGAGGCUGCGGUUGGAAGCGAACGUUACAUGUCCCCUGAGCAGUUCGACUCGGCCGGUGCCGGAUACUCGCCGGCUGCGGCAGACAUCUGGGCUAUUGGCAUCUGCUUGCUCAACGUUCUCUUCGCCCGCAACCCAUUCACCACCCCGACCGAGGCCGACCCGCUUUUCUUGGAUUUCUCGCGCGACAAGCAGUCUUUGUUCGACGUAUUUCCUUCCAUGUCCCAGGACACCUAUGAAGUCAUUGUUCAGUGUAUGAACCUUGAUCCUCGUAAGCGCUCCCUUGAGGGUGCUCGCGAAGCUCUCCUCCGCGUCAUCAGCUUCACCACCGACGACGAGAUCCUCGACGACUUCUGCACUGCCGAUGGCCCCGUGGUCGCCAGCUCCAACCGUGAGCCUCUUCGCACCCCCUCGAUCCAGAGCCCCCAGAUGGACACUGGUGCAUUCCCCUGGGCCAAGGCGCUCCACGCAAACACCAAGAGGCAGCUCAGCGACAUUCCCGACGACGAGAGCUAUACCGAGGACCUCUUCUCUACCUCUACCGCAACCACCUCCGACUGGCUUUCCGCUAGUAUCCAGACCCCGCCUUCUGUUUCGUCUGUUAUGGACUCACAUCUCGCUGCCUCCAUGCAGUCGCUUAACAUGGGCUCGGUCGCUCAAUCUAGCAAGGACAUGUUUGCCAAGAUCCCUGUGAGGCCUUCGGCCGCCACCGGCUCUCUCCCGAUUAACAUGGCCAAGCAGCCUAAGCAGUCAGCUUUGUCGCUGGUUUUCGGUCGCAAGGAUACUGUCUCUAAGAGCUGGAGUGAUCUGUGGGACGAGGAGGAGGAGGAGGAGGAAGAGCAAGCCAAGCAGCUGGCGUUGAAGGAGAUGAACUCCAGGACCUGGAGCCAGGAAAGCAAGCACGAUAACGAGAACACUCCUCGCAUGGGUCGGUCACCGGCUACCAAGGCGGGCAGUCUUCACGUGGAGCACGAUAUCCCGGCUAUUGAUAUGCAUCUCGGUUCCAACAUCGACGACGAUCUCGCUGCCGAUGGUUUCUUCUUCCACGAUGCCCCCGCACGGAAGGAGCCCACCCAGUUCUCUAUGAGCCACUCUCCGCCUGCUCGGAAGAGUGCCCUAGACAAGUGGCAGGCUCUGGGUGAACGUCGCAGGGCGACAGGAACCACACCUCCCAAGGGUUCCGAGUCUAUCCCGAGAACGCGUCAAAUUCCUCAUAGCUUUGGCGCCGCCUCUCAUGAUUUCAACAACAUUCACCACAACUCUUAUACUGUUCACUCGAACAAUCACUCAUCUCAUCAUUAUUCUGCCAACAUCGGAAAGAAGUCUACCCCGGUCAAACAGUGCCCUUGGAGCAAGGGACGCGAUCGGGCAUUUGACUGGCGCAAGGAGAAGCGUCAUCCUUUCGAUGUCGAGUGGGUUGGUGGCUGGACGGGAGCUCCUCUCGUGCCAGUUCAUCACUUGUAGUUGGGCUAUCACCUUCGCUGUGGCCCUCCAUUGAUUCAUACUGUUUUUGGGUAAAGGAAAUCUGCUGAUCCUAGUCGGAGUAUUCGGGCAUU